UUGCGCAAAAGUGCCGCAGUUGGACAGAUUUUUAAAGAGAUGAAGGAAAAGUGUAAGAACGCGGCUAAAACGAGGAGGGAGAAGGAGAACGGAGAGUUUUACGAGCUGGCCAAGCUGCUGCCUCUGCCGGCGGCCAUCACCUCCCAGUUGGACAAAGCCUCCAUCAUCCGGCUGACCAGCAGCUACCUGAAGAUGAGGGCCAUCUUUCCUCAAGGUCUGGGAGAAAGAUGGGGUCAGUUGACAAGGUUCAGUCCUCUGGACAGCCUGGCUAAAGAUCUGGGUUCCCACCUCCUACAGACUUUAGAUGGAUUUGUUUUUGUUGUUGCUUCUGAUGGAAAAAUCAUUUACAUCUCAGAAACAGCUUCAGUCCACCUUGGCUUGUCCCAGGUGGAGUUAACAGGGAACAGUAUAUUUGAGUACAUCCACCCGUCAGACCAUGAUGAGAUGACAGCAGUACUGUGUCUCCGCCAGCCCCCACGCCAUCAUUUCUCCCCAGAGUAUGAAAUUGAGCGCUCCUUCUUCUUGAGGAUGAAGUGUGUUCUUGCCAAAAGAAAUGCAGGAUUGACAUGUGGAGGAUAUAAGGUGAUCCACUGCAGCGGCUAUCUGAAACUGCGUCAUUACCUUAUGGACAUGACAGUUAAUGAAUCCUGUUAUCAGACAGUGGGUCUGGUAGCUGUCGGACACUCUUUGCCCCCCAGUGGGAUCACGGAGAUCAAACUCCACAGCAACAUGUUCAUGUUUCGGGCCAGUCUGGAUUUAAAACUCAUCUUUUUAGACAUAAGGGUGGCCGAGCUGACAGGAUAUGAGCCUCAGGACCUGAUCGAGAAGACUCUCUACCACCAUGUUCACACAUGUGACAUUUUCCAUCUUCGAUAUUCUCACCAUUUAUUACUGGUGAAGGGCCAGGUCACCACUAAGUAUUACCGCAUGUUGUCGAAGCACGGAGGCUGGGUGUGGGUGCAAAGCUACGCCACCAUCGUACACAACAGCCGCUCUUCCAGACCUCACUGCAUCGUCAGCGUGAACUACGUCCUCACGGACAUCGAGUGCAAAGAGCUGCAGCUAUCUGAGGACCAGACACGAGCAGCUGCUUCCAGUCUUACGUCUUCUCAGGAUGAGCAGAAACCGCUCAGAACCAAAGCAGUGAAGGUGAAGACCAGAACCCGACCAGCUCCAUAUCCUCAGCAGGAGGAGUCCAGCCUUUUCCAUCCAGAUCAUUCCAAAGUUUCCCCUUGGAAGGGGCUGGGAAAGGACAGAUCCAUGCACCUGAUGGCAUCCUGCAGGGAAAAAAACUCCACCUUGAUUCCUGAAGCAAGUCGGGUGUCCUGCAGUCCUGCUUACAGUCUGACCCUUCAAUACCCCUACAGUCACCCUCAUACGGAUCCUCAUCAUCCUCAUUCAGUAACGCCGUCUCAGCUGUCCCAACGGAUCUUUGGCUUCCUGUACGGAAAAGGACCUGCUGGGUGGACUUCAGCAUCCAACAGACGUACAGGACCUGGACUGACAGCUGAACACAGGAACCCUGAUGAUUGUCCCGGUGGCAGAAAUCGACCUUUUACCAGAAAGGAAGAUGAUCGCUACAGGCUGGUCCACGGUAAACCAGCGGAUGUUUGUCAGGACACCCAACCUUCUCCCAUCAAGAAAACAGCGCUGUUAAUCCAGGACAUGAGGCCUAAAACAGAAGCUGCUGACGGACUUCAAGGUGAUCAGACCCUUGUCUGCUCCCUGUUUGGUGGUGCUGACGAAGGUGAGCAGAACGGCUCGCUGCUGAGGAGGAGGAGGAGGCUCGGUCUGAUGGAGACUCCCUGCAGAUAUGAUGAUGGUCAGCAGGAACACGGGUCUGCUGAAGAGGAUGGGAAAAUGUUAACUGGUGUGGCAGCAGGCAUGGGCACCCCACAACAAGCUCCAUACACGACUUUAAACUUUCAUCAGGUGUUAAGAAAACACGACUCAAUGGAAAUCAACCCUUUUUCUCCGCUGAGUCAUUUAACAGACAGCUGCAGUUACCAAGGUAACCAUCCCGGAUCCAGAUCAUCCCCUCAGAGCCACACAGAGAGCCAACAUUACAGCAGCACAUCCAUCAUCAUCACAAAUGAGAGGUGA